AUGAUCGACCAGCAGCAGACGGCGUUGGACCCAUUGACCAUUGUCAAGAUGUUGGCGGUGAUCGUGCUGGGCCUGGGCUCGUUCGUGCUGGGCCUGGUGCCAUUGAAACUGGUUCAGAUGUGGGACCGGGACCAAGAAAUCGCGGCCAGCAUCCGGCCCCGCGCCACGGCCAACCUUCGCGCCAAUGCCACGGCCACGCGCACGGCAAGGCAAGUGCACGAGAGCGUCUCACCCGCUGUCUCCAAGCUGCUGUGCUUCGGCGGCGGCGUGCUGCUGUUCACCACGCUGCUCCAUCUGCAGCCCGAGGUGCGCGACCAUGUGGUGCAGCUGCAGCAUGCGGGCCGGCUGCCAGAGGGCCCGGUCAUCGAGAACUUGGGCGACCUGAUAUUCUGUGCGGGUUUCUUUGCCGUGUUCGCUGUGGACGAGUUGGUGCACUGGGCGCUGGACCGGUUCGCGGACAGCCACGAGCGCUCGGGUACGGGCCGCAGGGUGCGUGCGCUGCACCGGUCCAUGAGCCUGAGACGUCGCGGCCGGGCCGUGCAGGCCGAGGGCUCGGACGACCCGAAGGCGGCCGGCACCGCGGGCAAGGCCGAUGAGGCACAUAACGACACCGAGGACAGUUGGUCUAACGCGGCUACCGUGCAGGACGCGGCCGUGAUCGUGAUCGAGCCACCGGCACGCGAGAGGCGCGACGGCGAGCGCAGCAUCACGCUGACCACCGCGGAGAACGCUAACAGCGGCCCGUCGUUCCGGCACCUGUUCGCCGUGUUGGCGCUGUCGUUCCACGAGGUAAUCGAGGGCCUGUCCAUUGGGAUGAUGCAGAACGUCGACGACACGUGGUACCUGUUCGUGGCCGUGGCCGUGCACAAGCUGGUCAUCGCGUUCUGCAUCGGCCAAGAGCUGGCCUGGUCCCGCGUCGGCAAGCGGGUGACCGUCACGUACGUGGCGACGUUCGCGUUCAUCACGCCAUUCGGCAUCUCCAUCGGCAUGGCGCUCUCUUACUUCGACACCAACGAUGAUUCCCCGGGGCCGCUGUCCGUCGUCUUGCAAGGGGUGGCCUCCGGCACCCUGCUAUACGUCGUGUUCUUCGAGGUGCUGGCCAGGCACAGGAAACCGGGCCAAUGGCACUUGCUGUCCAUAAUUCUCGGGUUCGGCAUCAUGUUUACGCUGCAGAUGGCCAGUAAGUACACGCUUUGUAGAACACUGCUGCACGUGAGAAUCGCGUAG